CCUUGCCCGCGAAUUUUCACGCAAUCCUUCCGACAACCGUUCCUCUGCACCUGUGCGCGCCUGUGGUGGCACCUUGCACCUGUCGGACUCUCUGGUCGUUCGCUGUGGUCUUCGAGAUCUCUCGCUUGCGGAACUUCCCCUAUGUGGUUUGUUCACAGACGCCCGUCGCGUUACGGAGUGAGAUUCUGAUCAGCAACGCCGGAGAACACCGUUACAUAUCAAAGAAAUGGAAGACGAACGACUCACUAGCAAAGAUACCGAGGAAGACAAGUGCGGAGACAAGCCCAAGGAAAUUCUGGGCUUGACCACCAGAGCAGCUUUGAACACGCUUCAUCGCGAUGUUAAGCGUGUUCUGCAGGAAUACGAAGAGGAUCAUAGGAAAAACAAAAAGUACAGAGCUUGGCUCAAGGAUGUCUUGCAUCAUCGUAGUCAAUACACAAUGCUCUGCUGGACCUCAGCACUUGCUCUUCUGAUCAAUGCUGUUAUUCUCAUAGCUGCAUUCUUCACACUCAAUGAAAAUUGGUAUUCUACACUGCCCUAUGAAGGACUGAUAGUCUGUUGUUUAGUAGUAUUUAAUUUUAUUUUAGUAGUUUUGGAUAACAAAUUGCGACACAACGAGAUCCCUCACAGAGUAAAGAUUCUUCUUGAUCAACUUGACAUUGCACGGUCCACAUGUCGAUGGCGACCUGAGAACUAUCCACAUCUGCUCAGUCCGCAAUCACCCUGCCUGACUCUGCAAUGGACAUACCGCGAUGGCAAGAUAGUCAAUCUACCAUGGGCGCUGCUAGUUGCCGGUGAUAUAAUUGUAAUGAAGCCGGGUCAACAAGCACCUGGAUAUUGCGUGCCGUACAGUGAUCUCGAAGCACCAGUGUUACACGCCAGAGAGACCUACAGCCAACCGGUACACCCCACCAGUGAGAUUUUCUCCAUGCCGCAGUCACGCGUCCCGUUGAAAAACAAAAUCUACAAGCUGCAGGAAACGCCGUACUUGACAAAUCUGAGGAUGGCCUUGGAUCAGGCGCUCGACCGACCGGUUACUUACUACAAUCGCAAGCGUCACUUGCUGAUGAUCUGCUGCAUUGAGCACGUAGCCUAUCCGAUACUGCUGAUCAUCAUCCUCGUGGUGAAUCUGCUGCGUUAUCUCUAUCCAACGGAUUACUUCAGCACCGGUCACUGGAGCGAGAUGUUCCUGUUGCAACCGAUCGCCGUAACUUUGCCGUUGUUGCCAUUGGUAUUUCCCGCUUGUUGGAUAUUUCUCAACUGCUUCGGCAUGGCUCGCUUCAAGGCGCUGUUCAAACUCUACUUGUCUGAAAAAAAGCUUCAAGAAGUAGAUCCUUUCGAAGACGCGGACAUCAACGGUCCGACUCAUCCGGAAGUGGUGUACAACUGGCUUGAGCUCAAGAAGUACUUCUUCGACAUUCUCUGCGGCAGGGAGCACAUGAUGUCAAGAUCAGCCAGUAUCUUGCACGUUCUGGGCUCCGUAACUGCGUUAUGCUGCGUGGACAAGAAGGGAAUUCUGUCGUGGCCUAAUCCCACGGCGGAAAAAGUCUUCUUCUUGCGCAACGCCAGUACUCUUUCACCGAGUUCAAGCACCAACAGCAUAAACAAAACAGUCGACAAGAAUCAGGAUUCCGAACAGACCAAGGCGACUUCUGACAAAUCGUACAUUCAACACGAUAUGUCGCACUCCAUCGCCGAAGUGUUGGAUCUCACGCAUGAUCACGCGCUGCCGUUUCGCUUGCAAUUCGACGAUCACUCGUGGCGGCAACAUCUGAACUCCCUGAAACCGCUCGGUCUGGCGAUUCUUCUCAACACGUGCAAUAUGGACACGCAGGAGCACUACAUGCAGUUCUGUUGCCACGUUACGUGCGAAGCUCUCUGCAACGAGAAUCUAGUUCCCGUGAUAAACAGACGAUGUCUGUGCGAACUCGCGAAACAAAUCGGCUUCCAGGAUCAAGCUCAAAAGAUCUUCCAAUUAGAGCAACAACUAUGCACAUUUAGACACGUACAACCCGAAAUGGUCAGGCGGGACAUAAAAUUCGCGCGUUCGCUGAGCAUCGCGACGAAGCUGAAGUUCCCGUUCCCGCACAUGGUUGCUGUGGUCAUGAAAGAGCGAACUGGCGGCGGCCUGCAGUUGUUAACGCAAGGAACAGCCGAUAUUAUUCUCGACUCGUGUAUCGAAUACUGGGACGGACAUGAUCUCUGCCCUCUUUCCGCGUCGGAUAGGAAAAAAGUGCAAGACUUCUAUCAGAGAACAAGCUUGACGUCUUAUUGCACCGCGUUCGCUUAUCGACCGUUGACGCGCGCGAUAAGCGACAAGAUGUCGGAGAUAUACCUGGAGCUUCCUGCGGACAGCAAGCAUUUGUACACACCCCAUCGAAGUCCGACACCCUUACCCUGGGAUUUCAGGAACGUUCUCGACCCCAGAGUGCGUGGGAUACUCGGACAGUUUCAUUCGACAGAUUCUCUGUUGUGCAACGAAAGCAAAGACGAAGACGUGAACGACGUCGAAGGUUGUUUCGAGGUUCAGUGCAAUCAAGUCUUCAUCGGAAUGGUCACGAUGCAAUAUCAGGCGCAGACGGAUAUGGUGCAGCUGAUCGAGCAACUAGACAGAGCUUGCAUAAGAUUCGUUCACUUUAGCAAAGAGAACGAACUGCGCUCGCGUGUUUUCUCAGAGAAAAUGGGCUUGGAGAGCGGCUGGAACUGUCACAUCUCGUUACUCAGCGAGGGAGUCAGGUCCGAGAGUCCAGUGGGUUGGUGGGUGAGCCAGGCAGCAGCCAUGUACUCACCCACUCCCUCACCAAUGGCCCAAUCUCAACAGCCUAAUUACUCCUGCAUGGAUGAGGCCAGCCACUUGCUUAAUCGUGUCUUACCUCGCAACAACCUGACCAACAGUCGAGCGAUGAGCAUGUCGGCUCCAAGCGCCAUCAACACGGACUUCGUGACGGUGAAGUUCGACGAUGAGACUACCGAGUGGAACAACACGGGGACUUCGCAGGCCAAAAGCGCCAUGAGUCACAGGGAGCAAGAUACUGUGAGAAGCGAGGACAGCGUGCUGGUGCAGAGCGUUGACUUGGGAUCUGGUCAGGAAGCCUGGAGAUCCUUGAGCUGCCUCACCGACAGUACCGAGCAAAGCGCGCCCGUCAAUUUUGAUCUAUCGAACAGGGCCAAAUUGCCGAGAGGCAUAGAGAAGAUACGUCCGCACAUUGAACUCAUAGACAACGUUCCUCUGCUCGUGUCUCUGUUCACCGACUGCACAACCGCGGUGACGCGCGAGAUGCUGCACAUAAUGCAGGAUUACGGCGAGGUGGUCUGCGUUCUCGGCUCCUCGGCCAAUGCCGAGAACAUGCCGAUCUUCAUGCAAGCCGACGCCGGAGUGGCAGUGGAACCUCUGUAUCCCCAAGUGUGCCAAAAGGUGGCUGUGUUGGUGCCCACCACGGGGGAUCAGGGAAUCUCGCCUGUCGAUCUCAGCAGAGCGCUCAACUCCGUCGCGUGCUCGCUGAGCGUUAAACGCGAGGAUCCCGUGGCUAUUUUCCAUCUUAUCAUGGAGGCUCGUCACUACAUGAGGAGUUUGUGGAACUGCAUGCAAUUCUGGCUGUGCUGUUCGAUCACAGUCGCGUUCACGUCCAUCCUGUCCGCGUUUAUGUUUCUGCCACCGUUACUCUCCAUCGAUCAGGUGCUCUGGCUUUGCUGUCUGAUAAUUCCCAUGUUGUCGAUAUCAAUGAUCGCCACGCCGAUCGAUUCGACGAUAAUGCAACGCGCGACCGGCAAGAAUCAGUGCAUUGUCAACGGAGAGGUCAUGCUGUUUGUGCUGUGGUGCUACGGCGUCAAGUUUCUGCCCACGGUGAUCACGGUGAUUCUGUCGCAGUGCAUCUCGUUCCUGACACUCUGUCCUAUCUAUGCGUCGCAGAAUUCUAACAAGUGCCUGUACAUAUAUCCAGAUCCGCGGGACCAAAUAUGGGGCGGUUGGGAUAGCAAACCCCUUGUCAUUCUGGCCGUGCAACAUUUCGCCCUCACUCUUAUAGUUUUGCACUUCGUUACCAUAUCUGUCAGUUUUGUGCAUAGAGAAUACUCGAUAUGGAAGAAAAAUCCUAUAACUAAUUGCACCUGGUUUCUCAGCGUGUUUAUUGUAUUGUGCAUACAGGCUGCGUUCUCCGGUGUGGUGUUCGGCAGAUUUUGGAAGGAAGAAGGCAAAAAGAUCGAAAACUCAUCACUGCACGUGCCAUUGUUCUUCUUGCUUUCAAUUCCGCUGACGUUCGCGAUAAACGAAUUGGUCAAGUGGCAAGAGAUCAAAGUGAACGUUAGAUAUCAGAAAAGAGCCCGUUUAGAAUUCGGAACGAAAUUAGGAAUGAAUUCGCCGUUUUAAAUUGUAUACUCUAAGAAACUGGAAGUCGGUCUUGUUUCCAUAGUUUUUUAAUAAUGUUGCUCUACAAUACAUAUAUGUAUAUAUUUUUUUCAGCAAGAUGACAAAAAUCAAUAUACAUGUAUAGAGUGCAUUGUUUGCUUCGGGCGGGUCAGUUUGUCUUUUAUUGUUAUAGUUAUAACAUGUGAAAUGCUCGCACACAGACACAAAAUUGUUCCUACAAAACAAAAUAGUAAUUUUUUUUAUUUAUAGCAAGUGUAGAUUAUCAACGUCCGUUUUCUCCAUGUUCGCGAUAACUUAAUCGAUCGAUUGCUAAUCAAUUGCGAUUGGUUAUUUCGGUCAAUCAACCAAUAUGAUUGUGAUCGGCUCUAACGAGGACAAUCGAUCGAUUAAGUCAUCAAUCUCGGAGAUGAUGGAAAAACGGGCAUAAGGAUGUCAAAGUGACUAAUCCAUAUCCUGCAAGAUUU